AUGUCGGCGCCUUCCGAGUUCGAGGCUCUCUUACGUUCAACACCGUCUUCCUCGCGCACGGGAUUGGCUUAUCAGUCGCUCAAUAUGGCGACGCCUUCGGACCAUGAUAAAGAGAAGGGAAACAAGUUGGAUGAUGUCGACUAUCCGGAACGUCCGGUGUCCGCUUCAGGUUCAUCUGACGAGGAAGAGAAAGCGUACACGCUUUAUGAAAGGAAAUGCAAGCUCAUCAACGCCGAGAUCGAAGCACUGGGCAUGGGUCGGUACCAAUGGUGUCUCUGGGCGCUCUGCGGACUGGGCUACAUGAUCGAUCUUCUAUGGGCGCAAGCGUUCAACCUCGUGCUGUCGCCGAUGUAG